AUGAAGAAACAGAUAACCUCGGAACCUGGCCCUGAAGAUAUCAAACAUACGCAGUCACAGACUGGCGAAGGAUUCGUUAGCGAAAACAUUCAAGAUGAUGCUGUCUUCGGCGAGAUUCGUGAAGGAGAUACCAACUAUCGUGAUGUGAGCUGGAUGGGGACAACAGCUCUGAUGAUCAAAGCCCAAAUUGGUCUCAGUGUUCUUUCGAUGCCUAAGGUUUUCGACAUCCUCGGAAUUGUGCCUGGGAUUAUCAUUCUUCUUACAAUUGCCAGAAUGACGAGUUGGUCGAACUGGAUGGUCGGCGUCUUCAAGUUACGCCAUCCUAGUGUUUAUGGAAUUGACGACGUGGGUAAAAUGCUCUUUGGGCGAGUGGGAUUUGAGCUAUCCGGUGCGGCAUAUACCUUGUGUGAGUGUUCAAGAUCCUACAGGAACCUUCCUGUGGCUCUAACCUGA